GCUUCAGAACACUUUAGUACGACACAUUUAGAGAUAGUGUAGACUAACUAAAUCAAUAAAAUGAAGAAAAUAUUAUUUUAUAUUUGCACUUUUGUGUUCGUUUCUUGUACCAUUGACGCGAGGAAAUUAGGAUCCGACAGUGAAAAUUACAAUACGUGUUUAACUGAAACUAAUGUAUCUGAUGAUGACAUGUUAACAGUACACGACAUAGCACAUGACCAAUACAAAUCCGAAAAUCAAGAAAAACUAAAUAAGAAUGGUUGUGUCAUACAAUGUUUAUUACAAAAGGGAGGACUGAUGGAAGAUGCAGAAUUUAAAGUAGAAAAGAUGCAUAGCGAAUUCAUCAAGAAAACAAGUGUUCAACCAGGAGAUAAAAGAUUGGAAAGUCUGGACACUUGCAUAAAUGAAUCAAAAGACCUUACAGAAAAAUGCGAAAAAGCUUUUCUUAUUUCUGCAUGUUUCAUAAAAGCUGAACAUAAGCAUAAACAUGGACAUGAUCAUGAACAUGAAUAAAUCCGCAAAAUAAAUAUAAU